UACCUUUGUUGUGACCGGCAAUCGCCGGAUGACGCGCGCUGCAUGUUGCGCCGAUGCAUCGCCCCUUACUAUACAGCGUGGGAUUGGGUGAAAUCCAUCGUUGAUGAGCUGCGCCAAUGUUGAAUUAUCUUCACCAACCACAAACACCCAAGCAAUCUCAAGUGAUGAGUUACAACACACCCACCGGUUCUUCAGCAAGGCACGGUUGGCGUCCAUCAGCCGCAAAAUCUCCAGCAGUCAAUCUUGUGUGCCGCGGCCUCUUCUAUGUGUUAUUGCGUUCCAACCCCUCCCAAGAUCUGCUGAAACACUCAACGGGCGCGCCCUCGGUUCCGUUCCUGGACAGGGCGCGGCGCAAUGGCCUCCUCGCCCCUCACGGGACCCUGGAAUAUUUGACUUGCCGAGAUCUUCGGCUACGACAAUUCGCCGCGGCGCGCCGUUGGCUUCCAAGACCUGUCUGUCUCACUCUUAACACCACUUCGUUGAGUACCAAUAAGGGCCUCAAGCAUCAUCCACGUGACUCACUCAACGGCCCGCCAUCCUGCAAACCUGCCGAAACGUGCGCCCCCGGGCUCCGACAUCGCCACUGCCCCCUCAGCGCUCCUCCAGGGAGUAGUUCAUCAUUGGCGCCCCAAUACCCUACCUCGUGGUCAAUUGCCCGCUGCACUCUUGCCUGGGCCAGACGGGUCCCCAAAAUUUCCCUCCGGCAUGAAUGGUCCGACUUAUUUGACCAUGAUCUCGGCGAAAAGACCAUUUGCCGGCUGAGACUUUAGUAGCGAGAAGCUUAGUCACAUGGAACGACUGUACCAACCACUUCACCUGUGACUGGCCAUAGCAUCUUAAGUGAGAUCGGAUGGCAGGUCGACUUCAUCUCGAUUCACACAAAAAGGGUGGGCAGGAUGUUGAUACACACCUCAGCAUGAGCCUACUCUAUCGUACUCAGGGUAAGUAAGGACAUGAUGAAUAUUAAUUGAAAGUAUGUUG